UAUUCAUGAUUGACUGUUUGCAUUGUUUCAAUUAAUUAUCGUUGCAUGAAUGAAAGGGUUCUGCGGAUACACCCAUUAGACUCACUACCCUUUCAACUAUAUAUUGUCUGUAGCGCAGACGAGUGACGUUUUAGGACAUGACAACGUAUCUAAAAGUGAAGUAGCUAUCACUUUGUGUAUCUUAGUUCCUCGCGUAACCGACAAACGUGAAAGUUAGGCUAUUUGAUACACAUUCAGUACUCUAACAAGCGGCGCAAAAUGGGUUUUAUUCACAAAAUUCACGUGGUUUGUUUAUUCGGUUUCAUUUUGAAAGCUUGGCAUGGCGAAUGCAGCACUCAGCAAUUGUCUUGUUCAGUUGAACAGCUUGGAACAAACACCCUAUGGAAUCCAAAAGUUCCUGCUAAAGGAGAGGAGCCGCAAGUUUGUGUUAGUUACACAGAAAAAACAUGCUGUACAAGACAAACGGAAGAUUCUCUUCGUAUCAAAGCCGCAAAGAAUAUUAAGACUCGAUUGCAAACUAGAUACAUGGCUGCAAAGAAAGACAUGUUAUCACUUUUUGAUGAUUUGAAAGGGCAUUUUCAUAGCCUGAUGGAAGAAGGUAACAGACAAAGUAUCACCUUUUUAAUGGGAAAACAACCCAAUCUUACUGCAGAUGAAGUCAGUGCCAUAUCAACAUUAUUCCAAGACCUUGAAAACUAUUUUGCUGAUGAUAAACAAGACUUGGAAGAAAUUGUGAAUACAUUCUUUCGCAGUUCUUUUUCAAUGCUGUUUAAAUAUUUAAAUCCAGGUGGAAAUACUCUCUCGGCAAAAUAUAAGCAGUGCUUAAAAGAUAACAUGGAUAAGAUUAAACCAUUUGGUACUCGCCCAGCAGAAUUGGUGGGUAUUUUUGAGCAGGUUUUUGAGCCAGUGCGUGGCCUUUUCAAAGGCUUGAAGUUUGAAGUAGAGGUAUUGCGCAUGGCUCAACAGUUCAACAUCACAGAUGAAUGCAGAAAUGGUCUGGUGGAGAUGAAAUUUUGCUCAUUAUGCCAGGGUCUUACCCAAGUGAAGCCAUGUUAUGGGUUUUGUAUGGAUACAACUAGAAAAUGUCUGCUCUCUGAAAUUCAGCUUCAGUCAAAAUGGGGACAGUUAACAGACACUGUCCUGUUACUCACCAAAGAAGUUGGAAACUCGAAGUUGGAGAACUAUUUAAACUCUAUUCACUCAGAUUUAUGGAGUGCUGCCACAUAUAUGUUAUUCCAGAAGGCUAAUAUCAGGCCACAGGUUUUGAAGGAGUGUGGUGAACCUACCUAUGAUGAUGUGAAGACCUCUCCAUAUAAGGAACCUGUUCCACCGACUCCUCACGUCAAAAUACGACUCUUUGCCAAAAUGGAUGAUGUUAGAAUAAAGCUGAAUUCUCUUAGCUUAUUCUUCCAAGAGUUACCUCAGGAAUUAUGUGUAGUUGAUGGUCUUGCUGCAGAAGAGAAAAUCAUUGACAGUUGUUGGAAUGGAACAUCUGUGGCAAGGUACGAGUCAAAGCAGGAUGAUUCAUCCUUGUCAUGGGAGAGUAAGAACCACUUGACAUUGCUUAAGAGGAUGAUUAACGACAAGAUUGCUAUGAUGGAGGAGGCUAUUGUCAGAAAAGAUGAUGACGAUGAAGUUGAUGGAAGUGGCAGUGGCAGUGGGAGUGGUGAAACAAAUGGAAAUGAAAUCAGUGAAAGUGGCUGUGGUGAGGAUGACGAGGACUGUGGAAGUACUUCAAGUGGAGAAAUCCCAAACCGAAAUGUCAUUGGAACGGAAGAUGACUUUGAUUUUAGUACGGCACCUCCUUCAAACAGUAGCAUGGACAACAGAGCCCAGGCAGGAGGGGUUGACCCCAAGACAACUCGCAAGUCUGGCGAUGUGCUAGCUCAGGGUAAUUCAUCUUCAUCUCUUGGGGUCACGUGGCAGCAGAUCCUAACUCUACUUCUGUUGGUAUGGCUCACAAGAGGGUAGAAACGCCUCAGCAGUCACUCUGAUGUCAAAUGGAUCGAAACAACAAAAAAUGGGUCAUCCAGGAGAGUUUUCCCACAAAAACAACUGGCAGAAAUGCAAGGCCUGGUUCAAAGACUUUCGAAAUUGUUGUAUAAAACAUAAAGUGUAACCAAAAUUUUCAGAGCCUCGAUUGUUAGCAGAAGGAGGGCACAAUGGUGAGUGUAUAAGGGAAGAGGGAGAUCAAAAAGAAAAUAUUGUCUGUGGACUUCUUUGAGUCAUUGUUUAGAUUGCACACUACCAUAAAAUGAUUUCUCAAUGGUCAAUAAUCAUUCAAAAGUCAUUGAUUACAGGUGAACUGGUGAACUGUGUGGCUCAGAUGUCCACAAACAGUUAUUUUUCUCUUCCCUUGUUGCCUGUGUUUGCAGCUCUUUUCUCUCUAGACAAUGAUUCAAGGAAAGUAAAGGUCAAUGUGUUAUGGCCAAAAGUUUAAUUUUGUUUUUGAAUUGUUUUUUCAAUCUGAGCUUGAAUCAAUUUUGCUAACUUGUCUUAAGGCAUAUAUAAGGUCUGCUUUUAAGGAAACUUGGAAGAUUAUGAUGCAAUGCUUCUGUAAGAAGAAAAUUAUUUUGUCUGAGUAUCACAAAAGCCAAUUGAAAACAUUUUGCAGUGCUUAACCACAACUCAGUCAAAUUAACCAUGUAGAUAUAUAAUUUUUUAGGAAUAGGCCUGAUCACAUUGCUCAAGCCUAAACUGACCAGCUGCUUAAACGUGGCACUGUAUUUUGUGUAGAUUACAAACUACAAACUUACAGAGUACCUGUUCAUUUAUAUUUCAGUCAUAAGUGUCGAUUCAAAAUGUGUUUGAAGGAUUCAAGCAGUUAAGUGUAAGCUUUCUCAUUGGGCUAAACCAUUUGUAUGGUUGAAAAAUGCCUUUGUUCUUAUCUUCAUCCCUUCAGUUUCUUUUUCUCGCCAGCUAAUCAUAACAUCUCUAGCUCCAAAAUUGAUUUUAUUAGCAAAUUAUUUAUAGUGUCUUGAUUACCCACUGAUAGUGUUAGAAACUAGUAUAAUAAUUCUCAGUUUGUUCAUUGACAAUUUUACAGCCAAAAUGUGUGCUAACUCAAAGCAUUAUUUUGAUUAAGUAAAAAAAGACAUUUGACAUUUGGCAUCAAGUUCUUCUCUAGGUGAACAUAUGAUGAAGUAGAAUCAGUGAUUGUAAUUAUGAAUAGUUAGUAAAGUAAUUGUGCCAGAAACGAUGCAUUGUAAAUAAAUGAUAUUUUUUCGGCAGUAA